CUAGUAUAUUAUCUUUGCUAGCGGUUGUGAUAAUUGCAUUAAAACCCACGAAUAGCUAGCCGGGUGAAAACACUACAAUGGUAGUACGGGUGGGGUUUGUGUAAUUGUGUUUUAACGGUUAGGCUAGUUCUAUAUAUAACUUUGUUGCAAAUAAAUCGGCAUCGUGAAAUUUAGUUUGGACCGUCGCAUCAAACUUAAUUUAAAGUUCUGUGUUCGUUUUAAAACGUUAUUUCUAUAAUUUAACAGUUGCACGCAUUUUUCGUCUAUUUUUAGUCGUGUGUAAAAACAGACGGCAUCAUAGUUUUUUUCAUUGUUCACAUUCGCCGGCCGUGUUAUCAGUUGGCGAAAUAUUUGUUAAAAAACGUGAUUGUCCAAUGCUGUUUGUAACAGGUUCAUUGCUUGUGUAAUCAACGGACGGCCACGUGUUUUUUAUUUGGCAAUUUCCCGUGAUUAGUUGGCGCGAAUUCUGUGCGCAACAGUUCAUAAUAAACGUGUUCGGUUGACUGCUUUGUAUCAGUAAAGUCCGAGGAAAUAGAAGUUUACGGGCACGAGUUUUGUCUAUAUAUAAUUCUUUUUAGAGCAGUGUUAUUGCGAAUGUAAACUGGGUCCCGGGAAAUUGGUGCUUAACGUAAAGUUAAAGCGACGUGUUUUUUAUUUGCAGUUUUCGAUUAAUUAUGUAAAGGAACAACAGCGGUAGCGAUUUUAUUUAUCGUUUCUUAGUGAGCAAUUUUAUGUUAAUUGUCGUCCAGUUCUACGCUGAUUGGAAUUUUAUUUUUCCGAAGUAUUUUUUAAUUUUAAAUAAAUAAAUUGGCAAUGAUGAGUUGCGUGGGCAGCAAGAGUCGCUCACCGGGGCCACAAUUAAUACGAGUAAAUUUUGACCCUCCCAAUGUAUUGACAUCUAUUCCGGGGGUGGGGCCAAAAUUGGCUAAGGUCAUUGUGCAGUUUAGGGAGAUUACGGGGAACCUGUCCCCAGACUCGUUGGGAGUGAUUAUUCGGCGACCUCUGGAUCGAGAGGAUAUGCGGUUGUUGGACUUCCGUCCUAACCCAAUGUUGUUGGCUGAGGCCUUUGGGGAAGGGGAUGAAAUCCAUGAUGAAGGGAUGGGGCGGUUGUUAUUAGGUGGAUCAGUUGACUCGCACGAAAGGUGGGGGGUAGGUAUGCCUGUCCGAAAGGAGGGGCCCUAUGCUCAGGAUCUGGUAAAGGCCGAGCUUGCUUCCCAGAUAUCCGACCUGGAGGCGGAUAUCACGGCUUGCUGGGAAGAGCUUCAGGUUAGAAUGAGGGAACCAUUGCCCCUUUUUACAAAACCCCAGGUACCGAUAAACCAGCCUAUCAUAUACAAUCAGCCUGCUACGUUGGCGUCUAUUAACCAACAUAGCAUGUACAAUCAGCCUGCUAACCUGGCGCCCGUUAACCAACUUAGCAUACCAAAUCAGUCUGCUACGUUGGUACCCAUCAACCAACCGGUACAAAAUCAGCCCGCUAACCAGGUACCCAUUAACCAACCGGUACAAAAUCAGCCUGCUAACCUGGUACCUAUCUACCAACCUAGCAUGUACAAUCAGCCUGCUACAUUGGUACCCAUUAAUCAGCCGGUACAAAAUCAGCCUGCUAAUCCAGUGCCCAUAAACCCACCUAGCCUACCCAAUCAGCAGGCUACUCUGGCGCUCAUCAACCCGCCGGUAAUACCGAGCCUUCCUAUUGCACUCCUGCCUGCAACUACACCAAACCCUGCUACUCGGGAUGUGAUUACCCGAAUACCUAAAACCUUACAGUUUGAUGGUCGAAGCAAUUGGCCAGUUUUCCGGGGCAAGUUUGAGCGCUAUGCCAAUUUGCACCAAUGGUCAGAUGAUGAGUGCGCUGAUGGGUUGGUUUGGUGUUUGGUGGGAAAAGCUGCGGACUUCUAUGCUGUAUUAACUGACGGCAGGAAAACUGUCCCUUAUAAGGAGUUACUGCAUCGUCUGGAAGAGCGUUUCGACGCCAAAGAGCUCCCUGCUACUGCGCAAGGGCGUUUCCAGGCGAUUUCUCAGGCGGUAGGAGAAUCAUUGGAUGAGUGGUCAGAUCGCGUACUCACGCUAGCCACUAAGGCAUUCCGAGAUCUGCCCCAAACAUACGCCACCGAGCAGGCAGUGGCAAAGUUUUGCUAUGGGCUACAUGACAAAGAAGCACGCCUGCAGGUGAGCAUGCAGCAACCAAAGUCGAUAGGAGAGGCAAUUGAAAAAAUUAGAAUGUUCCAUCACAUUCAAUUUGCAUGUGCCCCUACCCAGGAGACUGAGCAAGAAGAGUCAAGGUGGGUUCACGAGGUGAAGAAAGCACCCACUGCGGAUGAGGUCAGUGUGUCGGCGGUCGAUAAAUUGACCCAGGUGGUCGAGAAGUUGCUGGAUGCUGUGGAGAGAUUGUCAAACUCUUUUGGAAGUUCGGCCGUUGAUCCCGUUGUCCGACAACCGGGUAAGCCGUUUCGAAAUAAAAAAGGCUAUGCCGAAUACCCUGUGGAGUGCUCCUACCCAGGGAAGGUCCGGAACCGGUGGUACGACGACCAACGCCAGGUUAUGUAUCCUGCGGGUGCGGGUGGCGGAGGUUUACGUGGGCAUCGGAACCAAAAUUCAAAAGUCCGCCCUGAGGGAUCGUAUCGCGGCAGAUAUGGUUCCAACUGGGGACAUUUCCAUGCCAUGUCCUUGCCCAACCAUAAGGAGAAGGAGCCCGUUGUGGUAGCUGCGACGACUAAGCAGUUGGGCCAACCGGAAGUGGAUCAUGUAAACCAGCUAGGUCCGGUUUCCCAGUUCUGCAUGAAGGUGCAGCAUGCCAAGGACGUGCACGAUGCAGUUCCCUUGGUGCUGCCAACAGUGCCAGAUGUCGUCAGUGAUCCAGGGAUGGUCAUUGGCAAUAUCACUGAAGGAGACCAUGGGGAUCCUGUGUGCGUGGAUGCAUUUCGCGUACAACGGGUGUACGGGGAGUCUGCGGAAGCAGCCAGCCGAGAGGCGGCAGAAGUUGCCCAGGGAGGGGAAAUUGGCCAGGCAGCGCGAGAGAUGGCCAGGUCGGCCACUGGAGAUGGGGCCAAACCGACCGUCGGACAUGUGGAUCCGGCUGAUGUCGCUGCGGCGUACCGCCGGAAGUGUGCGACCGGAUACGGAAUCGCCGCGGGUGACAACCGAGGGGUCGGCGCAUCCGGAUACCGAGUUGCCCCGGACAAAAGAAGGGAGGAUGAAUUUCGAAGGCCUGUUAGGCGUGGCUUAAGAGGGUGGCGACCCUCUAGUUCUCGCCGCUGGGAGCGGUCCCAGCGUUGGAAAUUAGGUUGGCGACCACCAGAGUGUCUAACUUCCAAAAUCUGUUCCGCCUAACAUUGUAAAUGGCGAGGUUAAUUGUUAGUAAAACUAGGAAAACAAUUAAAAAUACAAUAUUCCCCCAAUUUAAACAAUUACAGUAACGUUGCAGUCACAUAAUACUAAACAGCGGUAUGGUCACCUAUUUUUGUGAUCCUCUUUACUACUCUGAUGUUUAAUUACUGGAAACUCUAUCCUAUUCGCGGUGUUGUUAAUGUAUUACGUUGUACGCAGAAUAACAAAAGUAUAGUUCUCUUAAACAUUUUGAUUAUAAUAAAUUUGCUUGUGUUAAGACAUAUUCAAUGUUUUUUGGAAAUAUUGCAUUUUUACAAUUUAAAGCCAACACUAUGAUUGGUGGUAGUAGUAUUUGUUAUAAAAGUAGAUUUGAAAUAGGAUUGUUGGAUCAAAAUGUUUUUUAUAGUAAGGGUAUACUCUAGUAGUAACACUAAAAGCAGCAGCAGCAGAAGUAGCAGUAGCAGUAGUAGUAGUAGUAGUAGUAGUAAUAGUAGUAGUAGUAGUAGUAGUAGUAUUAGCAGUAGCAGUAGCAGUAGUAGUAGUAGUAGUAUUAGCAGUAGCAGUAGUAGUAGUAGUAGUAUUAGCAGUAGCAGUAGCAGUAGUAGUAGUAGUAGUAGUAGUAGUAGUAGUUGUAAUAGAAGUAGUAAGUAGUAGUAAAAGUUGUUGCUGUAGUAGUAGUUACUUUAGUUGUAGUUAUAGUAAAAGCAUAGUUCAUAUGAAACUAAGUUCUAGAGUAAUGUUGAAAAUUUUAAUGGAUGAAUGAAGACAAAGUUCAUUAAAUAAAUUCAUUUAUAAAUGAUUGAUGAUUGUUUCCUGGGAGAUAUAUUUUAUAUCAUAAUAGUAUGCCCAAAUACUUAAUAAGAACUCCACAUGUACUACCUCCAUACAAUAAAUGAAUAUUACCUAAGUAUAAAAGUAAUAGUUCUCUUAAACAUUUUGAUUAAUUUGAUUAGAUUGUUUUGAAUAUAUAUAUAUGUCCUAUUGUCUCAGUUUAAGCCCAGUCUUUUAUUGCAAUAUUGUUGGAACUAUAAACUUGAAAUAAAUCUGAGCAGUGCUCUGCGAAAUGAGGGUUUAAUGAAUAGGCAUAAAGUGUCGUCCCAAAUUAUCUUGUGCCGUCCGCGCUUUACUUCCUGUAAUGUUUGUAUUACCGCGCUAAGUAGUGCUUUGCACAAUCACGGAUGUGUUUGAUUAUUUCCCGUGAAGUCUGGUUUCCCUUAUGGUCGGAUGUGACAUUGUCGGACGACCACUGUCACACUCCAUACUGUUUGUGGCCGGAAGUGGUAUUUCCCGGAAUUGUUCUUUUAAACAAUAUUUGCAGGUCUUUUGAAUUUUUUACGUGACCAUGCUUGACGGCAACUGUCAUGAUGCAUCAAUUUCAUUUUUUGUUAAUGGCCGGAGGUGUUUCCAGGUGCAUGUACACUUUAUUUUGUUUUUAUUUUUGUAAAGUACAUUAUUUCUCAGUGGGAUCUCCACAUUCUAAUACAUAAGGGAAUGUACUUGUUGGACGAAAGCCAACAAUAAUGUUUUUUCUUGAUUAAGUAAUUGUCAGACGAUAGCCGACAAGAAUGUUCUUUUUUAUUUUACUAAUUUGAUGGAAUUUUAAAUAUGCAAGAAACAUAUUGGUCACUAACCGCUAGAAUGCAGCGGUCUGUAUGUACCCCGCUUGGCAAAGGCACUCCUGUGCCUGCGGGAAGGGGGAAAUCAUAGUCCCAUUUGAGUCUCUGUCUUUUCUGCCUUGGGUGCGACUGUACGAUUACCAUGAUGGCGGCGGCCCAAGAGGAGAAAAGUGGGAGGAGUGUAGUGGGUACAAUAGUUUUUGUUUUAUUUUAGUUGUAUUUCCCUCCAGAUAAUGUCAAUAAAAUGAAUUUGUAACAUUAAAAGCAAUUAAAGGUAUUAUACUUGGACAAAAAUAAGAUUAUUUUUAUUCUUAUACUUUUAACCUUUUGCCACUUAGAUAUGUAUUUAACGCAUUCGUAGUCCCUUUGUUAAAAUUCUUGUAUAAUAUAACCAAGAUGAUUUUUAUUGUAGAUAAUGCAUUUCCAUGUGGGGGUGAGGACCUUCUCAUGUGUGCUGCAAAGCGGAUGUAUUUGUCGCAUUUAUGUUAUUUGUUAAAAUUGGUGAAAAUAGGUUGUAAGGUGGGUGCUCCUGUCCAUUCAUUGUGUAGACAAGAAAAGGACAGGAGUUACAGGACCUUGUUUUGAAAAAGAAGGCGAAUUUUUUGGCAGAUUUGUUUUUACACAAUUUUAGGCUUAUAUGCAUCAUCAAAUUAAAAGCAGUCACAGUGACUAUUGAUUUAAUUUAAUUAUUUGCACCAAGGCAUAACCAAUUGUGGGUUAUUGUUGGUUAUUAUUCUAAGAUUAUGAAAAAGGGGUUAUUGACAUUUAAUGGAGAUGAAUUAAUUUUAGUUGUGGUAUAUUGCAGACGUUGCGCAGAAAGAGAGGUCGGACGAAAGCUGGCCGGCAUGCAGACCUAACAUUGAGGUGUUAGGUCAAGGUGCUUACGCGAGGGGCACUAUUACUUCAUCGGUAGCUCCGGUACGAUUCCUUUGCUGUGUGGCGUCGUCCCAAAAGGAGAAAAGUGGGAGGAGUGUUGUGCCGGGACCCGGCCUACAAAACGCGCACAUACCUCGUGACUGGAAACCAGCGACAAAUCGAUAUAGUGCAUGCUGGGCAGCACGAGUUUGUACGGUCUCUUGUGCACGGGACGUUGAGGUGAGUAGAUGUGUUUAUGUGCCUAUGUCCCUAUGUGAGUAUUGUGUGUGAAAUAGUGAGCCUGCGUAUAGUUUAUAUUGUAUUAUAUGGUAUUGUAUUGUAUAUGUGUGUCGGUAACUGUGAGCCUGUAAUUGUGAACCUGUGCGUGUAACCCUGAGUACGUAAGUAGUUCCAGGGGGUUUAGCCUGUGUAUGUAAGCCAGUGUCUAGCUGUGAGCCUGUGUGUAUUGUAUUAUAUUGUAUUUUAUGUGCGUUCAACACGUAUUUACCUGGAAGGCCAUUCCCAGAAGAUAUAAGUGAGUCUGUGACUGUGUAUGUAAGCCGGUGACUGUGUGUUUAAGUACGUGUUUGCCUGGAAGUGUAUUCCAAGAAGUACAUGUAUAGUGCCAUUUCGUGACGUGGACGAGCCGACAAGUGUACCCGACGAGCCGACGAGUGCACCCGACGAGCCGACGAGUGUACCCGACGAGCCGACGCGUGAAGCCGACAAGUUCCCUCGAAGACGACGAGGACGAUUGGUGCCGUCCAGACGUGGAUUCCAGUCGAUGCCCAUACACCAAACGCAAAGCCUAUCCCAAGGCAAUGCCCCAUUUGCGUGGUAAAAGGCAACACGACUGUGUACCUCCGGGUAACAGACCACGUUCGCUGGGUGCAAGCGCUGACGGCAGACCCCAUGAAGCCGUUGAUGUCAGAGGCACGUGCUAAGACCGGUCGGAAAGUGAAGAAGACAAAGCCGAGGAAUUACUACUCUUGCUGGCUGUGCGACCGGUCGGUGAUUGACCGGCUGCGUCAUCUAGAACAGGAGCACAAAAUGGAGGCUGGGACAUUCAAUUUUGUUUACACAAGAGGGCCGUUUCCGGAAAGACGCGAAAACUUCAGGAAAGGUGACCAGCAGACUCGCCACUCAUGAUGACUCGGCAUAGGAGGAUGAGAAGGUGGAGGAUGAGGAGGAGGAGGAAGAGGACUUUUCAUUCCUAAUGCCGAAAUACUGCCUGAGCCUGGAACCCAAUGCAAGGGUGAUGCAUGGUCGGAGAAGCUGCAAUUUCAAUCGUUGACUCAUAUGUAGACUACAUGUUCCUGCGGAGCAGGCCAGGUGGGUUGGCAAACGAGUCGAAAACACAAGAGGUCAACAUGAAGAUCAACCGGUUCCUGGCCCUGUCUGGCUACUUGGAAGGAGUGGUGUUGAGUGACAUGCUGUUGUGGAUGGGCCAUAUGGAGGUCCACGACAGUUCCUCAACACCACUCACCAGCUGAAGACGGUGCGGAAUGCACUAACGGCAAUCAAGAACUUCCUGAAGUGGUGCGAGGGAAUGGUCUAGCGGACGCCCGCACAUUGAACAAUGCUUCCUGACCUCAACCUGCCUGGAUAAGAGCCGUCGCGAGGUUGUUCGGAGGGUAGAGGAGAGUGCGGCCAUCCUGACGGACGCAAACCUGGAGCGCCACUUCACUGAGAGUGAGCAUGUAGUGAAAACGAUCAAGGUGAUCCAGGAGCCCCCAGCUGGCACACCUGAAAGAUAUUCGGGGAAUAAUCAUUUAACUGAUAGCGCUCUAUAACGCCUCCUGAACUGGCAUGUGUACCUAGAGAUUGAGCUGGAGACAGUGAAGGUGCUGACCUCUGUGUGGAACACUUAGAAGCUGGCAAGUUUUCAUAUUGAAGGGUAUGGUUCCCAACCGCCCAUCACACACAGAAUGAAGCUUGUCGUCUUCCGCAGUAAAAACUGGGUGCUGGAAGAUGCUUACUGCUAUAUUGACUGCUUCCGAGCGCUUCCUGGACCUAAAAAUUAUCUCCCAGCAGCAACCUCCCCAAGGUGUGACGAGAGUCUUCAAGUGUUCCAGACGGCUGGUGAUGCAUUUCAAGAAAAGCCAUCAGAAUCUUGCAAUGAUCUGUAUACUUAAUAAAUGACAAAACAACAA